AUGGAUCAAUAUUGGGAAAACCUCAAUCAAGACUUUAAAUCAUCAUCAACUUCAGCAGAAAAUAUCGUCUUUGACCUUCCAAAUUGGAUGAAAAGGUUCACCACGGAUACGAUAUUUCCAGCUUUAACAGGAAAAAGAUCAUAUACGUUGGCGUUAUAUUAUAAUCGACUUGUCAACUCCAAAGAGUUGAAAACGACGAUUCCAAAAACGUCAUGUGAUUCAGAAGAAUUCAUUGAAGCGAUAAGAACUUGGUUACAUGCACUUCAAUUUUUUUAUUUCAUACCAAAAUUUUUAAGGAAUUACGUUCCUCCAUUUAUGUUUUAUCGACAAAAGUUUUUAAAGAGUAUGAGUUGGUCGAAGAGUGAAAUAUUGAAGAUUGUGAAGGAGACCAGAAAUGAAUUAAAGGAGGGAGGCAGAACAUCAAACUCUGAUCUACUUACACUAUUUUGUACUACAAAUACCGAAAUGGAUUCCAAGCGGAUCAAUAACAUUGAUGAAUUUUCCAGACCUUUAACCGAUGAAGAAAUUAUGUAUAGUAUGUUUGAUGUAUUGACUGGUGGAAUUGAUACGUCGGCAAAUAGUUUAUGCUUUAUAGUUUACUACCUGAGUAAAUAUCCCCAAUAUAAACAACGUCUCAUUGAAGAAAUUGAUGCAGUUAAAGGGAUGUGGGACACGAUCGGACAGUCAGAAUCUAAAGGGAA